GUGAGUGUAUUAAAAAUUAAAGUGAGUCAUCUUCGUCUCAAAAGCUGCUUUACCUAAGACAAGUCAAUGGAAAUUUGCAAAGCCUUGGCUGAUGAGAUACUUGAUACUAAUACGGUCGGGAUUUGAUGAUCUCAUAGCCAUGUUACAGUGACUGCCCCUUCGUAGUAUCAUUACCAUGGUUUUAUGAUCGAUGGGAUGGUUGUCAGAUGCCUGUGCAAAUACCCCAUCCGAAACAACGUCUACUCUACGGACUACAAGAGCGUUAACAUUCUUCAGAGACGUCUGUAGUAAAGCUCUGUAGAGAUCCCAAGAAAAUUCACAUGCAGAUUUUUAAAAUAGAUUCAUAUGAAGGUACUUUACAGAAGGAAGAAGGAAAUUACUGUCUGGAGUGCAAGAUCCUGGAUGAUAGCAUACAGUACACUGGUGUGAAGUCUUCCAAGGAGAGAGAAUAGCCGAUAGGGGAAGUUCAUAAAGUGGUAAAGAUGACAGAUGGCUAGUCAGCAUACAUUAAUUCUUUGUUCAUGCUUCUUGUAUCUCUGACAUUGACCAGAUUAAGUCUUCGUCAGGAAGUGGACAUUGCACCUAUAAUAUAAUCUUUAACCAAGGAGAAGCAUAUCUUAGAGAUAUACAUUCAUAUGUGAUUGUACAUUGAGAAUGGAAUCUACACACUGUUUUAAAGUACAUGUAUUUAUGUAAAAACAACCUUGUUUCAAAUCAACAGCUAACAGGUUAUGUACCGGUGAAGGAUUAUAUUGUCCAAGAAUAUUUGAAGCAUCAGACUUCUUUGUGAAGGAGGUGUGGAUUCUCUCUUUAAUCUCUACCAAAUCGUAGAGAUGAGCUUGUGUGAGGUAUCCCUAUUAAGGCAGUGAAGCAUAUUGGGCCAAUCAACUAUCACGUGUGACCAACCGACUCAGUCCGAGAGGUAGGAGAGAGUGAGAAAGACAUCUGAAUCAUCGAAGGAUAGGAAUCACAUAUUUAUAGGACAAGUUUAUUUAUAGCUGCUCUUGAAGAGAGUGUGUACUACUCCCCCCUUGCCAAAUCAAAUCGUUGGCGAUAAAAGAUAAUCUCACCACGAGUGACACAUUGCCAUUUGCAGCUUAUGCAUCCAGUGGAUAUCUUGAAGCACACAUUGAAGGAAUAUCAGUAUUGCCUCUUCAUAUACUGGUCAGUCCCAUGUGAAAUUGAAGUUGAAAACGUGUAUGCAGAUGCCCUUCAUCGGGAAAGGAAGGUUUCGUUGAUUCCAUAUCGGGAUUUCAGUGCAAUUCAUUGGAUCAUUAUCAAGGAUUAUUUAAAGCUCAACUGGCAGUGACAUCACACACAAGCUGCUACAUGUAUUUCUAAUGGAACAGGUUUAAAAUUGCAACUCGUAUUCACCAAGAAAUUGUGCAAUAGUUUGAAAUUCAUAAAGAACUGUUCAAAACACCUCAUUGAUGUCGCUACUGACCGGUAUGUUUGACGCCCAUUGUGCACAGUUCAUGGUGUGAUUGACUAUUGUGUAGUGUAUUUUGUUGAUUGGAUUAUACUUGGAAUCACUCAAAAUGGCUCUGAAAGGAACAAAAGCGUUGCAGUCAUGGUGCGUCAAGGUCACGACCGGUUACCCGAACGUCAAGAUCGAGAACAUGACGAAGUCGUGGAAGGACGGGCUUGCCUUCUGUGCUAUAAUACAUCACUACAGACCAGAGUUAAUAGACUUCAAUUCACUGUCAAAGAAAAAUAUCAGGGAGAAUUGCACUUUGGCCUUUGAGGUAGCAGAACGGGAGCUGGGCAUACCAGCCUUACUUGAUCCUGAAGACAUGGUGUCGAUGGCAUCACCUGAUAAACUGAGCAUCCUGACCUAUCUAUCACAGUACUACAACUUCUUCAAGGAUAAGAAAUCGGGUGGUCCGCCUCCUGUGGCUCCCAUCAAUGAAUCUACCAAGUCUUCAGGUAAAGAUGUUGAAGUCUCAGACAAGGGCAAGGAGAUCCGCAGAAGGAGCUUCAAGAAGGCCAAAGAGAAGGAGAACAAAGCGGCCCAAAGUGGACCUCUUCCGGCCAAGAUCUCCCUGAAGAGUGACAAGUGUGAAAUCUGUGGUAAGAGGGUCUAUCUGGUGGAGAGACAGGUGGUGGAUGGUCGACUCUUCCACCGCAACUGCUUCAGGUGUACCAAGUGCAGGAGUACGUUGCGCCCGGACUCCUACAAGCUUACCAAGGAUCCCAAGAAGUUUGAAUGUAUGUGCCACAGUGAUAAUGGUGAUAUAUGGAACUUGCGCAUGAACGUUACCAGCCGGGCUGGUGCUAGGUUGGCGGGAGUAGCAGAAGAAGGGGGAACUAUAUGGCAGAACAGGACAACCAAGGCUCCUCCAAAGAGGCCAGAUCAGCCACCUCCAAAACUACCCCCGAAGGCAACCACUCCUGCAGAACCUGCCAUGGGGAACUCAAAGCCUAGUGUGCCUCCUGUAGCUGAAGGAAACAAGCCAGGGCUACCCGGCUCUGUUCCCUUGCAUCCCCAUCUUAUGAAGUCGGCCGCCAGGGCAAGAUUUCAUCCAUCUGGUAGUCCAGUCAGCAGUCCUCAGCUUCAAAGACACCCCUUCAAUGGGUCUGUCAGUUCCUUAGCCACUCAGAGAGAUACAGACAUGGCAGCUUCACGGGAGACUCUUGACAAGAGCCCUGAGAAUUCACCGGACAGACCUGUGCCUCUUCCGAGGUCGAUCACAAAACCAAAAGAAAAUGGUGAGGCGUCCACUGGAAAAGACACUCCUGAAGCUUCCACAGAGAAAUCAACUACGGAGAGCAGCAGGGAAGAGUCCAAGAUUCCGGAGAAUGGAGAUUCAACCAUGUUUUCAACAGACGAUGAUGAAUCAAAGUCUUCCGAAGUCAGGAGCCUUCAGGAAGGCGAAUCCUUGGGAUUUGAGAGUAGUGAUUUAGACAAUAUCAAUGACAGUUUCAACCAGACUUUCAGAGACACAGAUGAUGCGACUUCAGCAGAGGAGUCGACAGCUAAGGUUGAAGUUGCAACUGCUGAAGACAUCAAAGAGGAAGUUGAAGAUUCUGGUAAAGAGGAUUCACAAAAAUCAGAGGAACCUGUGGAAGUUGCUUUGGAUCAGAAUGAGGAUGUCAGUGUAGCUAAUGAGGAAAAGGAUAAGGAAGAAGAAACUAUGAACACAGUCAAUGUCGCCAAAGAUCAAGAGAAAACUGAUUUAGAGAUUGUCUCCAAUGAUGUAACAAACAAGUCUGUGGAGGAAGGAAGUACUGGUGAUAGCGCAUUGUGGGACACCAAGGUUGAGUUAUCUGACUCUUUUCAAGAUGAGAACGGUGAAACAAAAAAGGCGGAAGAUGUUGGUAUUGAAACCAGUGAAAAGACUGUUGAAAAUGAUAAUGGAAAUGAAAAUGAGAAAACAAUUCAGCCAACUACGGUUGUGAUAGAUGAGAGAACUGAAGGAGAUAAAGACUCUGAAAAUAAGCUUAAAGAAAAUGAGAGCCAGUUGGAAGGUCCAUCUGGAGGGAAAACGACCGUUGAUGAUUAUGAUGAUUCCCUGAACCCAUUCGGAAGUGAGGAUGAUGAUGCUGUCGAGACUGCAGACCCUCGUAAAAGACAGUCAACAAAUCCGUUUGAUAGCGAGGAUGAUGAUGGGUAUGACAAUAGCUUGAAUCCAUUCGGUGACGAGGAGGAAGAAGAUGAAACUCCUGCAGAUGGGAGUGUCAAUCCGUUCACAGGGUCACCAAUUGAAGAAACGCCUUUCAGUUUGAGACUCAAAGGGGAUAUCAGGGCUGCUUCUUUCUCUCAUCCGAGGAGACCAGAGAGACCUCCCCCUCCAAUCCUGAGCUCCGGUUCCUACUCUGUCAAGACCAGGUCUCAGAUCCUGGAGGAGCUGAAGCGGGACCGUGAAACGCUGAAGAAGAAAAGGGCUGCACCUCCACCACCCCCUGGUGGAAGCCCGGGAGGGGUCACUGCUCCACCUAGAUCGCGCAAAAGCCGCAAAGCACCGCAGCCCCCACAGGUUGCUCCUCCAAAAGCAGCUUCUGAUGGAGAGCUUCCUAAUCGGCCUGCUGAGACCAAGAACGGGGAGUCGACGCCAGCCACACCAGUACCCCAACCAAGGACAGGACCAAUUGCGAAUGGCACCAAACAAGAACCAGUGCCGUCACCGAGGAUGAAAAAGCCUGAGAGACCCAAGUAUACCCCACCAUCUAGGGCUCAAUCAAAGAGGAAAGCACCUGCCCCACCAGCCAUCAAAAGAGAGGUUGGUAAGGAUCACAUUGAAGUCUCCCUGAUCCAGCAGGAGCUGAUUGACAUUGAGCAGAGACAGAGGGAGCUAGAAGAGAGGGGCGUGGAGCUGGAGACAAAACUCAGACAGGAUACAGAUGAUGAUGCUGCUCAUGAUGAUAAUCUCCUGUCUGAAUGGUUUGAUGUGGUUAACAAGAAGAACCAACUAGUCAGGAGGGAAGGAGAACUCAUUGCACAAGCCCAGCAGCAGGAGCUGGAGCUCCAGCACGCGGAGAUCGAGUACGAGCUCCGGGUGAUCCUGCAGAAGCAGGAGCACGAGAGGAUCGAUGCCGACGCCCAGAGGGAGGAGCAGCUCCUGGAGCUGCUGAUGGAGGUGGUCCAGAAGCGGAACCAGAUCGUGGAGAGACUGGAGGAGGACCGACUGAGGGAGGAGGCCGAGGAUAGGGAUAUAGAGGCAAUGCUGGGAACAGGAAGUGACAAGAAGAAAGACAAGAAGCACAAGAAAAAGCACAAGCUGGGUCUCAUCAAAUGAAGACCGGUGGCUAACCCAACUCUCUCAUCUCACCUUGCUGUAGUCAUACCUUAAACAGUCCUGGGCCUGUCUUAAAAAGAGUUACGAUUGAUCCAAUCAGUCGUAACUCUGUGGAAAUCCAUCCGUGUCAUAAUUUUUUGAACUUUGAACAAUGUCCUUUGUAAACAUGUUGACAUUGCUGGCCGUCCAUAGUUGUGAUUGAUCGGAUCAAUCGCAGCUCUUUUUAAGACUGGGCUCUGGAUUUUGAUUCAUUUGACAAAAAAAUCAUGAGCAUUGCCAAAAUGUGCAAACCUCGUACUUCAGCUUGUCUGAAAUAUUUGCAACUACCAGGAUAUUUCAAAAUGUGUCGUGGCUCAGUGGAAUAGUUGCUGGACUAUGAACCACAAGGGUCUGGGGUUCAAAGCCCACCACGGCACUGCAUUGUUUUGGCAAGGCAUUUAUCUACAUUCGCCUCUGUCUGCCCAGGUGCAGUGAAUAAGUACCCAGUAGGAAGGAAUACCUUGACUGCUGGAGCACCUGAUUGGGGAAGCUGUACUAAAGCCGGGGUAAUAGUAUGCAGCGCUUAGAAACAUUGUAUUAAGUGCUAUAUAAAAUGCAUUAUUGGGUGAGGUCAGGUUUGUAACUUGAAUGCAUUAAUUGCAUAAUCAAGAGUUUUCUGCAAAAUAAAGACCAAAGCAAAGAAUUUUUUGUCUUAAUAGUAAGCUGCAAGCAACGCUUCAAAAGGGUGUAAUGUUAUGAAAUGAAACAACUCAAUCUUGUACCAUAGGAAAAGACUUCUGGAAUGACCAGGUUAAAGAGCUUUGUAGUUUUGAUGUUGGUGUCGACUAUCACUCCUCAACUUCAGCAAUUGUUCUGACUGAAGGCAAUGCUCUGAUUUACCAAAUCUUGCUUCACAUUGCUUCCAUAUUAAGAGUGUUUGUGUUAGGACCAAUUGACAUUUGAAUCUGUGUUUUAGAAGCAACUUUUGUGUGAUGUAGGAAGUCCCGCUGAAGUGUACAACUUGUGUCAAUGACCCGGUAAAUCCCUAUGAAAUGGGAAAUUAUUUCCUUAAUCAGAUAUUUGGUCGUAUGUCUUCCUUAUUAUCAUUCUAUCAUAUCGUUUUCUUUAAAUCUCUCCAGUCAAUGCAAUCGAUCGACAUUUUUUUGUUGAUCAUCUCAUGCUGGUUAGCGCAAAGUGAACGUCCAUGCCUUGGAAGUUAUGACACAAAGUGAAUCUUUGUUUUUAAAGACCUACCUGUUUUCUUGAAUGAAUAAAUAAUAAUUGAUUAAAUGUGAAUAUGCAAUAUGUUUACAAAGCUGAAAGGGGGAUUUUCAUCCAUCCGUUCUGAUGAGUGAAGCAAAGAAAUUCAAAUUUGAAUAUGAUGUUGGAUGUGUAUGUGGUGUUUGUAUUACUUACCGGAGUCUUCAUAGUGAGAUGAGCCUGAUAUUCGAUAUUUGUAAUUGCAUAAUAAAAUAGAGCCUUAACUCUUUUUUUUUUCUUUCCAUACAUCAAAAGCCUUUUGAUGAUGAAUGUGAUGCCUAUCUAAGCUUUAAUGUUCCGUGCUUCCAGUGUCUUUUGUCCAAUGUCAUGUGUCUUUUAUCAAACAAGAGGUGUGUUCUUAAUCUGAAAUCGGUUUUUGAAAUGUUUUACUUGGUGCUUACACUGUCACCUAUGUUAUGCCACUGUCGCACCAACGGAACCGGCUCCAGAACCCGCCCAAUGGCAUGUAAUUGGGAAUGUCGAUAUAGCUGUGGUUGGUCCGGAGCUGGUUCCAUAGGUGUGACAGGGGUAUAUAAGCUUUAUGAAUGCCUACAUGUAUAUGCAGGAAUUGCUUUCUGCAGUUGAAGUUUUUUUGUGUUUUUUUAAUGUAAGAAUUUCUUGUCAGCUUAAGUAGUGAAUAUUAUUACAAUGAUGUAAAUUUACAAAACAGAUAGCAUUAUAGGAUGUAUAGUAUAGAUGAUAAAUUCUUUUAACUUGUAUUAAAUUCAAUUUUGUAUAGUACAUUUCAUUUUGUGGGUUACGUUUGUGGUGAUGUUUUACUUCAAAAUAGCACUAAAUAAGACCUUUCUGUAUAAAGUGACUAACUAAUGAUAUCAACUCAUUAAUGUGGAAAAGUAAGUUUGUCUUUUACCGACGUUUCAUCUUGCAAGAAAGGAGAGAAAAAAAGACUGUGCAAUCAACUCACUUUUUUAAAGAAGUAACAUAAAACUGGUGAUAUUUUAUGAUUUCCGAAAAUGAUAUAUUGAGCAAAUACUGAUGAUAGCUAAUUGAAUCUUGGGUGUGAUUAAAGUGUCAUGAUAAUACGUGUGUGUCAGUAAAAUUUAAUUGUCUAAUAUUUUUGAUGUAAUU